ACCAGGCUAUGGCCCUGCCCUGGGCUCUGCUCCUGCUCGGAGCGGUCCUGGCACAGGAUGCGUCCGCCCAGAGCUGCCUCCUCCCUCCGUCUGGUUACAACGCGGCGCUGGGGCGUCCGGCGAGACAAUCCUCCGUCUUCCCAAACAUCAGCAUCGCCGCCAACGCGGUAGACGGGAAUCGCGAUGGAGUUUGGCACCACGGCUCCUGCGCCCGAACACUGACGGAACGGGAGCCGUGGUGGAGCGUGGAUCUGGGCGGACACCGCGCCGUGGCCGCCGUGAUGGUGAAGAACCGGCAGGAUUGCUGCUGGAAGCGUCUGCGGGGAGCACAGGUCCACGUCGGAGACGCUCCGGCCGAGCGCGGCAAGGAUAACGCCAUCUGCGGUGUCAUCACCGACGCCGGUCCCGGCUCACUCAGCACCGUCUGCUGCCACGGGUUGAUGGGUCGCUACGUCUCCAUCCUCAUUCCCGGACGGACGGAUGCGCUGGUGCUGUGCGAGGUGGAGGUGGUGCUGCAGGGCUGCCCGGCGCUGCCCGGAGCUCCCAACGUGGCGCGCGGCCGCGCCGUCGCCCAAUCCUCAGUGCUCAACGCCAUCAGCUUCGCCGCCAACGCCGUGGACGGGAACCACGACGCCAACUGGGUCCACGGCUCCUGCGCCCUCACCGCGGAAGAGCUGGAGCCCUGGUGGCGCGUGGAUCUCGGCCACCGUCACGCCGUCUACGCCGUCACCGUCACCAACCGCCGCGAUUGCUGCUGGGAGAGCCUCCGCGGAGCCCAAGUCCAUGUUGGAGACUCCUUGGUUGACCACGGCAAUCGCAAUCCCAUCUGUGGGACCAUCCUGGAUACCGGUCCCGGCUCCGCCAGCACCGUCUGCUGCAACGGGCUUCCCGGACGCUACGUUUCCAUCUUCAUUCCCGGUCGGGAGGAUCUCCUGGUUCUCUGCGAGGUGGAGGUGACGGCGCAGAGCUGCAUCCCCCCACCUGGUGCCCAGAACCUGGCUCUGCGGCGCCCGGCAACUCAGUCAUCCACGACCGCCCGUUCCGGCAGUGCCAUCAACGCCGUGGAUGGAAACAAGGACGGCAACUGGCGCUCCGGCUCCUGCUCCCAAACGGAGAAGGAGCGGGAGCCGUGGUGGACGCUGGAUCUGGGCUGGCGUCGCGCCGUGGCGGCCGUGGUGGUGUGGAACCGCCUGGAUUGCUGCUGGCACCGCCUGAAGGGCGCCCGCAUCCACGUCGGAGACUCCCUCGCCGGCCACGGUACCAACAACCCCAUCUGUGGCACCAUCACAGACACCGGUCCCGGUUCCACCAGCACCAUCUGCUGCCGAGGGCUGCGCGGUCGCUACGUCACCAUCACCAUUCCUGGCCGGGAAGAGCGGCUGAGCCUUUGCGAGGUGGAGGUGGUGGAGUACGGUUGUGCCGCGCUGCCGGGGGCCCAGAAUGUGGUCCUUGGCCACCCGGCCACACAGUCCUCGGUGUUGGAUGCCAGUAGCGGCGCCGCCAACGCCGUCGAUGGGAUUCGGGAUGGAGAUUGGGAACACGGGUCUUGCUCCCACACCAUGGAGGAGCUGGAGCCGUGGUGGCACGUGGAUCUGGGCCGCCGGCACGCCAUCUACGCUGUGGUGGUGAAGAACCGCCACGACUGCUGCUGGGAGAGCCUGAAGGGUGCCGAGAUCCACGUUGGAGAUUCCUUGGUUGACCGCGGUCGGCACAACCCCGUCUGCGGCAUCGUCACUGACGUUGGUCCUGGGUCGCUCAGCACCAUCUGCUGCCACGGUCUUCGUGGUCGCUACGUCUCCAUCCUCAUUCCCAAGCGGGAGGACGUUCUGGUGCUGUGUGAGGUGGAGGUGAUCCGGCAAGGCUGCACUCCACUGCCGGGAGCUCCCAACGUGGCACGGGAGCAGCGAGCGACGCAAUCGUCCACCUCCACCCCCGCCGGCAUCGCAUCCAAGGCGGUGGAUGGGAACCGCGAUGGAGUUUGGCACCACGGCUCCUGCAGCCACACGCGGCGGCAACGAGAGCCGUGGUGGAGCGUGGAUCUGGGCGGGCGUCACGCCGUGGCCGCCGUGGUGGUGAAGAACCGGCAGGAUUGCUGCUGGCAGCGCCUGCGUGGAGCACAAAUCCAUGUCGGAGACGCCCCGGCUGAGCGCGGCAAGGAUAACGCCGUCUGCGGUGUCAUCACCGAUGCCGGUCCCGGCUCGCUCAGCACCAUCUGCUGCCAUGGGUUGAUGGGUCGCUACAUCUCCAUCGUCAUUCCCAACCGGGAGGAGCAGUUGGCGCUCUGCGAGGUCGAGGUCUACAGCACCAUGGUGGAACUCUGAAGGGACCUCAAGGGACAGCGCUGCUCCCUGUGCCACCACCGUGGGCCUUGGCAUUGUCCCCUCCUCGCCAGCCGUGUCACAUGGGGCGUGAUCACUUCUCCACACCCUCCUCCGGCUCCAGGGAUGGAGGGCAUCAUGGAUCCUGCUCCCAUCCCAUGAUGGAGCUAACGAGGACAGGGUUGUCCCCGUCAGUGUCCCAUGAGUGUCCCUAUGAAUGUCCCAUGGGUGUCCUUAUGGAUGUCCCAUCAGUGUCCCUGUGGGUGUCCCAUGGGUGUUCUAUGGGUGUCCCAUGAGUGUCCCAUAGAUGUCCCAUAGGUGUCCCUGUGAAUGUCCCAUGGGUGUCCCUAUGGAUGUCCUAUGGGUAUCCCCUAUGAGUGUCCCCAUGGAUGUCCCAUCAGUGUCUGUAUAGAUGUCCCAUGGGUGUCCCAUCAGUGUCCCUAUGGAUGUCCCUGUGAGUGUCCUGUGAAUGUCCCAUGGGUGUCCCUAUGGAUGUCCUAUGGGUGUCCCUGUGAAUGUCCCAUGGGUGUCCCUAUGGGUGUCCUAUGGUUAUCCCCUAUGGAUGUCCCAUCAGUGUCCAUAUAGAUGUCCAAUGGGUGUCCCUAUGGAUGUCCUAUGGGUAUCCCCUGUGGAUGUCCCCAUGGGUGUCCCAUCAGUGUCCAUAUAGAUGUCUCAUCAGUGUCCGGUGGGUGUCCCAUGAGUGUCCACAUGGAUGUCCCAUAGGUGUCCCUAUGAAUGUUCCAUGGGUGUCCCUAUGGAUGUCCUAUGGGUAUCCCCUAUUAGUGUCCCCAUGGAUGUCCCCCCAGUGUCUGUAUAGAUGUCCCAUGGGUGUCCCUUGUGGAUGUCCCCAUGGAUGUCCCAUCAG